GUGUUGUGGAAAAGGAGCCACACUGUCUGUCUGCUCGCGGUUGGACUGUCCGUGUGAGCGCCAUGGCCCCGCGGUGCAUUGGGGGCUGUGUGCCGCUGUUUGUUCUCGGUGUUGCUUUCGACGUUAUCGGGUUGGUGGUGCUUCUCGUCGGAGUUUUUGCGAACCUGCGUCUGGAUGGCAGGUUUUACGGAGAUUUCCUCAUCUACACCGGCUCGAUCAUAGUCUUUCUCAGCCUCGUUUGGUGGGUGUUGUGGUACUCUGGAAACAUCCCGCUUUCUUCUGAAGAGCUCGAGAAAAUAAGCGCCCUGGACAACUUCGCGCACUGGGCUCGCAAGAUCUCCAAGAGGCUCUCGAAGAGCGGAGUGAAGACCCUGGAGGCUGGGGAGAAGAAGCCGGUCAGUGGAGGUGGUGGUGGAAAGGACACAAUGACAGAAGCUGUACCUGUCCACCUGCCCACGCGAGUAACGUGGCCAAACUCUGAACUGACUGGGUUCGACAACGAAGCUUUCGAGAGAACCUUGGAGAUGCCUUCAAACAGUGGGAAGACAGUGGAGCUUGACAUCCUGAAGAACUCUGAGAUGCUCCUGAAGAAUGAAGUGAAUGGAAAACCGGAGAGACUCCUCUGACAGAUGGCUGAGAGAUAUUUGGCUUGCUGUGGCUGUGUGAGCACAACUUUGGCUUUAAUAGAAAUGGUCGGCUCUUUUCAGGGAAGCAUAUUUUUGAAUAUUGCACAAAUAUAUUGCACAGAUUUUUUAUAUGGAUUUUAAACUGAGACAUAUUUUUAUGACAUUUUUUAAUGUAAAUAUUUGAAGUAUACAUAUAUAUGAAUGUAUUAAAUAAAGUUAUUCAAAAAGUGUUAUGCCACA